AUGUCCGGAAAUAGCACCACCAUUCCCACCCGUCCCUUGGGCCCUGGUGGCCCAGAGAUUCCAAUUCUAGGGUUAGGGUUGAUGGGCCUGAGUUGUAAGUCACCUGCAUUCUAUGGAACCCCCCCUUCUGACGAUGAGCGUCUCGCUUUUCUCGACCGCGCUCAUGCGAUCGGAUGUACACACUGGGACUCGGCCGCUCUGUAUGGAGACAGCGAGGUCCUGCUUGGGAAAUGGUUUGAAAAGACUGGGAAGAGAAAAGACGUAAGUGUUAUUUUCCUAGCCACCAAGUUCGGCAAUAGAGUGCUGCCGGAUGGCACGAGAGAAUUCUGCAAUGAGCCCGAGUACAUCAGGGAAGCAGUGAAGGCGAGCUUGAGAAAGUUGAAGACAGACUACAUCGAUCUGCUGUACUGCCACCGCAUCAGCGGCAAAACCCCGAUCGAAGAUGUCAUUGAGACCAUGAAGGAAUUUGUCGAGUAUGCCCUCCUCCCAACUUCCAGCACUCCAAGAUCUGGUCAAGUCCGCCACAUUGGCCUCUCGGAAUGCGGUGCCGACACACUCAUCCGCGCAAGCAAGAUUCAUCCCAUCAGGGCUUACCAGAUCGAAUAUUCCCCUUUCACAAGAGAUAUUGAGUUCCCCGACCUCAACCUAGCCAAAACCUGCCGCGACCUCAAGAUCCCCAUCGUUGCCUACUCUCCGUUGGGCCGAGGCAUGCUCACGGGUAAGUAUUCCUCGGCGGACGACUUUGAGCAGGGCGACUUCCGCCGGGCAGUUCCUCGCUUCUCGGCCGAGAACUUCCCCAAGAACAUGGAGUUGGUGGAGAAGAUCAAACAGAUUGCAGCCAAGAAGGGGUGUACGCCCGGUCAACUGACUCUGGCAUGGAUGAUGAAGCAAGACCUCGUCUUCCCUAUUCCGGGAACAAAGAAGAUUGCAUAUCUGGAGGAGAAUUGGGGAGCCAAUUCAGUCUAUGAGACGCUUACCAAGGAGGAGGAGAUGGAGGUGAGAGCGGCGAUCGAUAAAGCUGAAGUGUAUGGCACCAGAUAUCCUGCGGCGGCGAUGGGUGCUUUGGUAAAGGACACGCCACCCCGUUCCUAG